AUUUCGUCAUGGUGUUUGAAUUUGUUUCAGCAUAAUAUAUAGGAUGGGCAAAAUAAAAACAGAGAAAAAAUCACGAAAAGGUUUGACUGAAGAGAUAUUGGAUAAUGGACAAAUUGUGAAAGAAAAACGAAGAAAAAGCAGAGAAACUUCAAAAAGACAAGAUGAUGAUGAACAGUUCAUUGGUGAUAAAUUGUCAAAGAAAAUUCUCGAUCAAGCUCGUGCUCAACAGGAUGAUCUUGAAGAAGAAUAUGGCGCAGUUAGCAAACACAAAACUAAAAAAACACAAAAAGAGAAAACAUACCUGGGUAAAACGUCAAAAGCUGAAUCGUCAUCCGAUGAAUCGGAAAAUUAUGCAGAUGAACAAUAUUACGAAGAUUUUCAAAUUGAUAAAGAAGAUGAAAAAGCACUCGAAGAUUUCAUGUCUGCCGAACCAAAAGAACGUAGAACUUUGGCUGAUAUUAUAAUGGGAAAAAUAAAUGAUAAAAAGACAGAAAUACAGAGUCACAUGUCAGAAGCUCCUGAAAGACCGGUGUUGGACGAAAAAGUAGUGAAUGUUUUUAAAAGUGUUGGCGAAAUUCUCAGUAAAUAUCGGUCCGGAAAACUACCCAAGGCGUUCAAGAUAAUACCAUCGUUAGAAAACUGGGAAGAAAUACUAUACUGUACUGAACCUGAUAACUGGACGCCAGCUGCGAUGUAUCAAGCGUCGCGAAUAUUUGUUUCAAAUCUUAACGCAAAAAUGGCUCAAAGGUUUUUUAACUUGGUAUUAUUGCCACGUAUACGUGAUGAUAUUGCUGAAUACAAAAGACUAAAUUAUCAUCUAUAUAUGGCGUUAAAGAAAUCCUUAUUCAAACCUGCAGCGUUUUUUAAAGGGAUUCUGCUACCCCUCUGCGAGUCUGGGUCGUGUUCUCUUCGUGAAGCUGUCAUCAUUGGAAGCGUGUUAGCGAAAACAAGUAUACCUGUGCUUCACUCGGCAGCUACGAUGUUAAAGAUUGCAGAGAUGGAAUAUACAGGUGCAAACAGUAUCUUCUUGAGGUUACUAUUAGACAAAAAGUACGCACUACCGUUUCGUGUGAUAGAUGCUUUGGUGUAUCAUUUCGUCAGGUUUCAAUCAGACAAACGAGAAUUACCUGUUUUAUGGCACCAAGCAUUCCUAACGUUUGUGCAAAGAUACAAGGAAGAUAUAGCUAGCGAACAAAAAGAAGCAUUGCUGGAGCUUUGUAAAAAACACAAUCAUCAUAAGAUCACACCAGAAAUACGUCGUGAGCUAACUCAAUCGAAAUCACGUGAUGAGGAAAUCCCCAGUGAAGCCAUGGGAAUGCCCAUGAAUUUUGACGAUUAACAAAAUAGAUUAGUCGUCGAGAAAUAUAUUUCCUUAGUAAUAAUAA